AUCACAAUUGGUCUAGCUGGUCAUAGGCCUGAAAAUAUUAGAGACAGAGAGUGAGCGGUUAUCGAAUUUUAUUGUCAAAAUGGAAGAGAACCAUGCGGUUUCAACUUCCGGUGAUAUUUCGUAACCACUGACAUAUAUUCCGAAACGAAACAAAAAGUGAUAUAAUAUUUGCAGUAUCAUUAUACUUUUUGUAUACAUAAGUUAGUUUCCACAUGGUUACAGGGUGAUGAUGUCAAAAAAUGAAUCCUGUAGCAUUAGAGUAGUUUGUUGAAUCAAUGUCUAUAGCACACGAUGAAGUCAUUAUUUAAUGUGAUAGUAAUUAUUUAAUAGGACAGUAAUUAUGUGAUGGUUAUUAUUUAAUGUGUGAACACUAAUCAUGCUUUAUAGAUUAGAUAUAUCACAUUUAAUAUAAUCUUAUUUUACUUUAAAAUGUGACAAAACCUAUUCCAAAAUUGAAUAGCUGUAACCAAAGAAUAGUUUACCGUAGUCCAUGUGUUUGUGAAGUGAAUUGAUACAAGUGUGAUUUAUAUCAAUUUGAAUUUUAGGUGAAGGUUCACAUAUUGUGAUGUAUUUAUGAAAUAUGCAAAACCGGAUCAAAAUGAAGAUUUCAUUAAAACGAAGCUUCGUGUGUCUCUGUUUGUCAGCUGUAAUAAUAGUUCUCUUUUUUUCUGGAUUAUUUUUCCCUAAAAUACCAAAUUCAUGGCAGAACAACGACAUAAAGCACAUUCUCAAGUCAUUAGUUAACUGGCAGAGAUUCAAUCUAGAAAGCAAACCUGUACACCCGUAUAAUACAUCUUUUCCUCUAACCCGCCAACUUUUAAGGAGUUUUGAAUUGUCACGUAUUGGUUAUUACAGCAAUUUUUUACUUUAUAAAAUGGAUAACGAGAAAGACAAUAUAGUAAAUUUUGAUUCCCCAAAACAACUGGAAACAUUCCUCAACUUUCAGCCCAUGAUGUCACUUGAUGAGCGCAACAUCAUGCUUUACACCUUAAAUAUUUAUUUGGAGGUUUGUAAAAAAUUCAAUUUAACAUAUUUUGUCAUCGAAGGAACAUUAUUAGGAACCUAUCGGCAUAUGGGUUUAAUUCCAUGGGACGAUGAUGUGGAUGUGAUAAUGGAUGUUGCCGAUUGGUCAAAGAUUCGAGAUGCAUUUUCGGGAAUGCCAGAUAUUGAAUUAAUGGUACAUUCACAUUUUCAGUGGAAAAUCUUCCCAAGAGCUCUCAACAAUUCUCGUGGAAAACAUUUCAAAUACCCGUUUCUAGAUAUAUUUUUCUAUGACCAGGACUCGACUCAUAUUUGGGGAUUAACUCCUGCUACAAAACCAGACAUUCUUUUCAAUAAAAAUGACAUAUUUCCUCUAGUACAAAGACCCUUUGAAAAUCAAAUGGUUUAUGUUCCAAACAAAAUGGAGAAAGUAGUUAAAAGUAUAUUCGAUGUGAACCGUUGUGUUUCUGCAAGUUAUUUACACAAGAGGAAUAUGGAUUGCCCUACACAUUUGAUUAAGAAUGUACCUUGUCAAUACCUUUAUAAUUUACACCCGUUUGUUUUUCGUUCUUUGGAUCCUGACUCUGGUGAAAUUAUUGAACAACUGAAAGUAGGCGGGAGAAUUUUGAAGGAAUUCCGAUCACAUGCAACUUAAGUUUCGUAAUUUAAAAUCUGAUCAGAAGUUGAUGUUAAACAUUUGAAAUUAUUUUGUCAUUUGUUUCUUUCAUAAUAAUGUGUACAGCUUAAGUCAGGGUAAAUAACUUAAAUCCGAUGUAAAUCUCAUGACUAUUAAUAUUAUUGGUUUAUAAUUGUACAUUGUCAAUCAUUUUAACGAAAUGAUAUCAAAUGAAAUAAGGUUUUAUGUCUGGACCAAUAAGGCCAGUGCAUUGUUUUAGAAAUCUGAAGCACUGGGCAUAGGGAGCAGGUUGGGGAGUUGGGAAGGUUGUCUCUUCCCCCUACCCCCAUUUCAGUGCCAAUAGCGUUUGAUUUUCACUUGAAAACCUCAUCAAUACUGCCUAACUGCUUCUUUUUUAUAUGUCCACAAUUUCUUAUGAAAUUUCUUAUAUAUUUAUUGUAUAUUUAUCAUCUGAUCAGUUUGAAAUUUAUAUACAGUUGUAUAUUGUUUACAAUAGUAAGGUGAAGAAGCCUUUUUAAUUUCAACAAUUUCCAUUAAUUACUUCUAGAAUAACGGUAUUAAAUUUACAUGUAUUAUUUAAAUUAGUAAAAUGAAGAAGCCUGUUGAAUUUCAGCAAUUUCCGCUUAUAUCUUCUAGAGUUAUGGCCCUUGUUUCACUUUGUUGAACCUUGUUAACGCUCUAACGACUAAAAUUAUUCUGCAAUCUGUUUUAGAUUUACAUGUAUUAUUUAAAUUAGUAAAACAAAGAAGCCUGUGGAAUUUCGGCAAUUACCGAUUAUAACUUUUAGAGUUAUGGCCCUUGUUUCACUUUGUUGAAUCUUGUGAACGCUCUAACGAUUAAAGGUAUUCCGUGAUCUGUAUUAAAUUUACAUGUAUUAUUUAAAUUAGUAAAACAUUGCAGCCUAUUGAAUUUCUGUUGACAAGUUUAGCUGCUGUGGGCAUAUGUUUUGAUGCAGUGGGGUAAACCACUGCCUUACUAUACUACAAAAUGCCCAGAACCAGUCUAUAAAUAAGACAAUAACUGUAUAUUUUAUCCGAAAUCUGCAUUAAUUUCAAAUAUUUAAAAACAGCUAUGCCAAUUAACACAUAAAGCACUUUUCUCCAAAAUGAGAUAUACAUUAUAUAAACCCUAAAAAUAUCUCAUGUAUUUUAAGCAGUACUUAUUUAUAAAAAAAACCCCAACAAAUGACAGAGAGAGAAAUGGGGUUUAACGUCCACGCAACACAAACUAGGUCAUUUCAGGUCUAACAAAUGGUUAAAUUUUAUUUCAAUAACUCGUUUGCGCAUAGUUGUAGGAGCUCAAAGUAAUUCAGGGGGGCAUAAGAGAAAAUUGCCCGAAAUCAAUACUGUUUUUUCGGGCAUACAUAUCAUAAGAGAGCUUCGGGCAUAUUUUUGGGCAUGCAGUGGACAAGAAAAAGAUGAGAAAAUACUUUUCGGGCAGUGUGGAUCUCAUAGAAAUAAGUUAGUUAUAUUUUUUCUCUAAACGUUAAUAGAAAAAAAAGGUCGUCAAAUUUUUCAUUGCCCGAAAAUAUGUAAGGAAAAUACUGAUAAACUUUUUGUAUUGGUUAUAUUAACUUCAACAUUGACAACAUGUGUUUGAAAUCUGAGUAGACGUCAAUUCUAGCAAUCAUAAGAUAUACAUUAAACUUUGUGUAGUUAUCUAUUAGGUUAAUGUCCUGAGUUUGGUGAUGAGCAUUAUCUGCUUUGGCUAAGCAGCUGUGUGUCUCUGUCACUCUUUGGAAGACAAUAACUCUGCUUCUAAUUGGAGUAUAAUGUUUAAACUUGUUGAUAUUCUAUAGGUAAUUAAUAGCUUGAUUGAGUUUGAUGAGUAUUUUCUGCUUGGACUAAGCAGCUUAAAUUAAUGGCCUCAAAUAAUUUCGAAAAUCUUGAACUCCAUUACCAUAUAAGGUCCUCACACCAUAUAAAGCAUUAUGAAUUACUAAAGACUACCAUAAUAAGAUGGUUAAUCUCUUCACAGGAAUGCACUUAGGCCAUGCUCGCAGAACUUCACGCCUACAUAUAUUUACACAAACAUUUUAAUCUGCAGUUUUUACAUUCUAGUGGAAGAAAAACCACCAGAUUUGACUAAUGUUUCCUCUAUGCACAGACUUGUUUGAUGUAUGGAAUAUCCAACCUAGUGUAAUAACCAGUUAUUGUAUUGUCAUUUAUUAAAAAUUAAAAAAUGAUCUCAGAAUUAUUUUUUUUAAUAUGAGUAUUCGAUGCAUUAUUAUCAUCAGUUUGUGUUAAAGUGUGGAUGUUAAUUUCUUCAUAUUUUAGAACAUUGAGAACAUUUAAUAUCUUUUUCAGAUCUCAGUUAAAAUGGUUAAUAAGGCAACAGUAAUUUGAAUUUUAGUUUUUGAGAAAACUCUAGCUUCAAAUAAAAAAGUAUAGUUACAGUACUAAGGAGUUGGUUGGACUUCUGAAAAACCCUAACUUGGUUGGAAGUUUUAUGUACUUUCCAAAAUCUUAAAGAACUGAAAAUCUAAUUCAUUUGUUGUAUGUCUAUUUAAUAUGAAUGUAUAAUUAUUGAUCCUGGAAUUUUGUAUGAUUUUUAAUGCAUGAUUAAUGUGAUGUUGUGAGGUGAUUUUGUCACGAAUACCAUUAUACAUGUAUAGUUUGUAUUGCUGAUAAAUGAUCACAUGAAAUACCAACAA